UCACUAUUUUCUGAGCCCUAGGGAGGGGACUGCGGAAGGGAGGAGACUAGGAAGCGGGUGGAGGGGAAUUUGGAGAGAGGGGGCAGUGCUGAAAGCACUGUAGAAACAUCGGAGGAGAAGCAGCAGCAGCAGCAACAGCAACAGCAACAGCAAAAGCAAACCAGGAGAGAAAGGGAAGGGAAGAAAGGAGCUCAGACAAAGGAGAAUACCCGCUAGAAAACUGGGGAAAAACUAUAAAACUAUGUUCUGUUCCACAAUGGGCCAGAAAGGAGAUAAGCCUUAGUUGGAAGAAUCAAGGGAAAAAAUCCCUAGGACCAAUGGAAGAAUAGAAAGAAGGUAUGAGGAACCACCUGGGACUGAAAAGUGUUGCCUGGGGCUUAUCAGCAAAAGUUCCUGAUCAACACAAGUGGCAAAACUCCACCUCCACUGCCAACUGGUGGGAAAAAGGAAAUAAUUUAUAUCCCUGGAACAAAACAUCUCUUUUUUUAAAAUACUUUGCUGGUGAUCCAGAAAUAAGAUUCUUUGGAAACAGAAGCAGAGACAGAAAAAAACCUUUAACUUUCUUUAUCCAAAUGCCUGCAUGAGAAACCUGAGUUAUAGGAAAAGAAAAAAAAGUCAUCUUUUCAGGAUAAGAUUAUACAUUUAUUGGGCUGAGAACAAUUCUUUGUGAAGUUUCUGGAGCUGACUUGAAAACUUCAGUGAUAACUUUCUUUGCACUUUGGAUCGUAAGCAUGAGUGAGUUCUGGUUGUGUUUCAAUUGCUGUAUUGCAGAGCAGCCUCAGCCUAAAAGGAGACGGAGGAUUGACCGAAGCAUGAUAGGCGAGCCAACAAACUUUGUUCACACAGCCCAUGUAGGAUCAGGUGACCUCUUCAGUGGAAUGAAUUCAGUUAGCUCCAUACAGAACCAAAUGCAGUCCAAAGGAGGCUAUGGUGGUGGAAUGUCUUCAAAUGUCCAAAUGCAGCUUGUAGAUACAAAGGCAGGAUAACCUUGGGAGCCCUUCUAGUUCAUGUGAAUUUCCAUAUCUAUUCUACUGUUUUGGUUUUUUUAAUUUGGAGAUUUUUAGU